AUGACUACCAGGUCAUUAACAUCUGCUAAAGAACAGGCUAUAACUUGGGAGAGGUUUAAGGAACUCUUAGAAGAAGAAUUUUUCCCGACAGCUAUAAAAGAUCAAAAGGAGAUGGAGUUCCUCAGACUCCAACAGGGAACCAUGACCCUUGUGGAAUAUGAACGUAAAUUUGAGGAAUUAUCAAGGUUUGCUCCACAUCUAGUGGAUAUGGAAGAAAAGUGGGCUAGAAGGCUCGAGCAUGGGCUUCAACCUUAUAUUCAUGAUAUAGUGUUACAAGUUCAAAAUUUCUCCGGUAAGAGGAAGUUGAACUUUGAUAGGCAAAAUAACGGGAAUAAUGCACCAAAGAAAGGAAAGACAGAGAUAGUGGGAGCUGGUGGACAUUUUGCUAAAGAAUGCCCCCAAAAUCAGACACAGAAGGCUGGAGAUGACAAAAAAGGAAAAGCAAGAGUUUUCUCUUUAUCCAAGCAAGAAGCAGAGCGAGACCCUAAUGUCCUUGCAGAAAUCUCUCUUUCAUCUGGAAAGAUACUUGUGGCUGACCAAAUAGCUAGAAAUCUUAAGAUGAGAAUUGAUGGUAGAGGUAUAGCGAGAAUGGUGAUUUUUCGAAGAUCCGGCGAGAAAGAGUUUCACUUUGUGGGAACUGAGGCAAAUACCUUAUCUCCUAUAGUGUCAACAACUCAGGUUGAAAGGACGCCAAAAAAGGAAUUAGGUCAAAGAUUUCUAGUAUCGAUGACCAACAUUAAACGAAAUAAGUUGUCAACUGAGGAUGUUCGAAUAGUUCAGCAUUAUAAAAAUGUUUUUCUAAAAGAUUUUCUAGGUGUACCACCAGACAGGCAAGUAGAGUUUACCAUCGACUUAGUACCAGGAGCAGUACCUAUUUCAAAGGCUCCAUAUCAUAUGGUACCAUUGGAACUGUAA